CUACAGCUUCCGCUAUGUGUGACGCCCCUGCUUUCAGCCAAUCACAGUCCGCCUCUGUAGGAGGAGCUUGUGGGUGUUUUGAUGUGUCGCUUGCACGUGGAGGCACGAGGUAAACCCAGUUGGAGACGAAAACUAGAGUUAACCUGGGUUUUUUUUCAUUUUACUAAAAGUUUUUUUUAAAGUUCUGACAACCUCCAGUGACGACAUGUCAGCGGCAGGUCAAACGAGUGGAAGCCGGGAUAUACCAGCUGUCAGGCGGGUUGCCGUCCUCGAGGCUGCUCACAUGCCCCAGGAAUACUCCACCACCCCCGGGGGGACCAUGUUCAGCACUACGCCUGGAGGAACUCGGAUCAUCUACGACAGGAAAUUCCUACUUCAGUGUCGGACUUCUCCUCUGACUCGCACACCUCCAAAACUCCCCGACAUUCCAGGAGUCACCACGUCACUCAAACGGGAGUCCUCCACCGAGACAAACCAGCUGACUGAGAGCAGUGACGCUGAGCAACACAGCUUACAUGCAGAGAGUGCAGUUACACUACUUCGAGAAAAUGCAUCGCCAGAGACAUCUGAGUCAUUCAGCGCUGCAGGAGAUGACGCCCAGUUUGACAUGGACAUCUGAAGAGGAUUAAAACAAGUCAUUGCAACUUCAUUAUCAGUGUUUAGUGCUAGUGCUAGUACACAAGAUUUUUUUUAGACCAGUCCUAUUAAAAACUUCAGAAUGUGGAAUGUCUAAUCAGUUUUUUUUAAAAGGGAUUUACAUUUGUAUUGUAAUAAUGAAUGUGCACGAUAAACUAUGACAAAAUGUCAUGAUGGAUCAUGACGGUUUUGGAAA